GGCUGAGAAGGUUCCGGUGGAUCGUUCCUGCCCACGGCAAGGUGGAACUGAAGAUCCGCUUCAGCCCCACAGUGCCAGGGCAGUUUGACCAGCUGAGGAACUUUGAGAUCCUGGGCUCAAAGCGCCUGUACCAGUUGCCCUGCAGUGCCACUGCCCUGUACCCCAGCAUCAGCCAGAACCCACGGUACAAGGCACAGAACUGCCCCGGCAACAGCGAAAAGUUAACCAUCCUCAACGACUCCCCCAUGGAGGCAGAGGUGCAUUUCUCCUUUGAGAACGACAGCAAAGGAGAGACGUUCCUUUUGGACCCUCCCAGCAUGAGGCUGCAGCCCAAAGAGAAGAAGAAGCUGAGUGUUUGGGCGUACCCGACUUCUGCUGGCCUCCUGGAAGACAGUCUCGUCUGCUGGAUCAAGGACAACCCAGAGCCAGCGGUCUUCCGACUGUGCUGCCAAGGGGUGCAAGUGAAGCUGAGGGUCAGCCCCCAGGAGCUGCAUUUCAACAAGAUACUUCUGCACAGGACUGACACCCAGACCCUGGUCCUGAGAAAUGACAGCCCACUGCCCAUGGCAUGGCAUCUGAGUGGGCUGGACGACCUUGGAGAUGAGUUCUCUGCAUCGCAAGGCAGGGGCAUCGUUGGGCCCCGCACAGACUUUGAAGUGAAGCUGGAUUUCAAGGCCGAGAAGAUUGGCAUCACAAAUAAGAUGAUCCGACUAGAGGUUUCAGAUACAGAAAACAUCCUGGGCAUUGUUCAAGCUGAAACCAUCAAAGUCUCUGUGGAGGUCUACGAUGUUAAUCUGAGCAUCAACAUCCCUGAAGGUCAGUGGAUGCCUCCCAGACAACACAGUCCGGGUGCAUUUUACUACCUUGGCAGGUGGCUUCACGUGCAGAUUGCAUUUGGUGCUUUGAAACAACAGUCAUCUGAACAGGCAGUUGGCUCAGGUCUCUUGCUCUUCUUCUUCACAGCUGUCAGAGCGAAUCACAUAAAGUUUGGGGAGUGUGCAGUCGGGGAGCUCUGCGACAAGACCUUCACAGUCACCAACCGCAGCAAGGAGGAGGUGAUGCGGUUUGAGUGGCUGCUGGCAGAUGCCCCGUUCCAGUUCUCCCCCAAGGUGGGACACCUCCAGCCUGGCUGUGCCAAGGAUAUCAGAGUGACCUUGAAAUCCAAGGUCCCGGUCACCAUCAAAAGGCACUCUGUGAACUGUAUGGUGGACAAGAUCAAAUACCAGCUGCCACCAGAGGAGGUUUGCGACUGGGACGACAGAAUGGGCACUGAGAAGUGGGAGGAUACCACCGAGAGACUCCUGGGAGCCCGCUGGCCUUUGAAGCGGAGGUACACCAGUCCAAUUUUGUCAUCUUUCCAGGCAAAGAAACCUGAAUGUCCUUUCUAUGCGGCCAAGUUUGGAGGCCCAAAGGUUUCCCUGCUCAGCCUGGCUUUCUGGGCUCUGCUCAGUGAUUCUUCCCUCCUCUGCCUGCAGGUGGUCAAGGCAGUCCCGGAACCACCUCACACCAUCGUGGAGAGGAGCAGCCACGAGGUCGAGCUUUUCCUCAGUGCUCGGGUUGACUACGCCGAGUUCAAACUGGACACGGUCGAGGUUCAACUGAAGCAGACUGAGCUCUUCCAGACAGAGAUAAGCACUUUCCGGAUGUCCAAUACAGGGAAUGUAGCCCUGAAAUACUGCUGGGAGGAGAAUCUGGAGGAGGAAAUACCAUCAAAGAGUUCUGGGAGGCCGUUCUUGUCCACUCAGACACGUGAUUUCUUGUCCUCUACUGCUGAGGAUCUCUGGGAAAGGAAUCGUGCAAGGCUGGUGCAGCAGGCAUUGCCGCUCGAGUCAACUCAGCCCCAGCCAACUCAGCCCCAGCCAAGUCUGCACCUUAGCUCCUCCCUGGAAUUCUCUCCAACUCCCGUCAAGUACCCACCACUGUUCUCCAUCGAGCCCCACUGCGGUACCAUCCCUGCUGGCCAGAAUCAGAUUUUCCGUGUGAAAUUCUUCCCGACGCGUGUGGGGGAAUUUAAGGCCGAAAUACUGUGCAGACUUCUUAACCUGAAGCCAUCUCAGAAGAGCCCACGGGUGUUUGUGAUGGGGAAAGGCUGUUUGCUGAAGGCUGAUCUGAAAUGCUCUACAUCACUGCAAAAAGGUGAAACCCAGAGCAGCAAACCCAAGAAGAAGGUGCAGCGGUCAGCAAAACUAGAGUGACACCAUUUGUGUCAUGGCUUCUCCUGCUCGUGGUUUCCCAGCCUUCAGCAGAGACCUCCCCAGCUACUCUUCAAGCCCCAACACCCAUCUCUACCUCAUCUGUGUACUACCUAAUAAACUGUGUCUCAACGCA